AUGAAACAAAGGAACAAUGUGACUGAGUUUGUCCUCUUGGGGCUCACCCAGAGCCUCCAGGGUCAGAAAAUACUAUUUGUUCUGUUCUUGCUCAUCUACGUCCUGACGAUGGUAGGCAACCUCCUCAUUGUGAUGACUGUGGUGGUCAGCCCAGCCUUGGAUGCCCCUAUGUACUUCUUUCUUGGUUACUUAUCAUUUAUGGAUGCUGUUUACUCUACUACAGUUACCCCGAAUAUGAUUAUUGACUUACUCUAUGAGAGGAAAACCAUUUCCUUCCAAGCCUGCAUGACUCAGCUUUUUAUAGGGCACUUAUUUGGUGGUGCUGAGAUUUUACUCCUGGUUGUCAUGGCCUAUGACCGCUACGUGGCCAUCUGCAAACCCCUGCAUUACUUGAUGAUCAUGAACCAACGGCUGUGUGUUCUGCUGUUGCUGUUGGCCUGGGCUGGAGGUUUUGUGCAUGCUGUCAUUCAACUUCUCUUUGUUUACAACCUUCCCUUCUGUGGCCCCAAUGUCAUUGACCACUUCAUCUGUGACAUGUACCCCUUAUUAAAACUUGCCUGCACUGACACCUAUGUUAUUGGCCUCACUGUGGUUGCCAAUGACGGGGCAAUCUGUGUGGUCAUCUUUGUGCUCUUACUCAUCUCCUAUGGGGUCAUUCUGCAGUCUCUGAAGAACCUUAGUCAGGAAGGGAGGCGCAAAGCCAUAUCCACCAGUGGCUCCCACAUCACUGUGGUGGUCCUCUUCUUUGUCCCUUGUAUUUUUAUGUAUGUGAGACCUCCUUCUUCUUCCUUACCAAUUGAUAAAUCCUUGACUGUGUUUUACACUGUUAUCACCCCCAUGCUGAACCCCCUAAUCUAUACUCUGAGAAACAUGGAGAUAAAAAAUGCAAUGAAGAAGCUCUGGACCAGAAACAGAAAAUGA